AACAGUGAGUCACAAUGCACAAAACCCAAGAGAAAAGAAUAAGAAAGAAUCCAGAAAAGUAAAAAUUGAAACAAGUGGGUCUGUCUUUUUCUUUUUAUCACUCCACUGUCACACUACCGGAAAAACCCCAUUUUUUUAGAGAGAGAAAACUCAAGUUAGUUAGAGGAGAGAGAAAAUCAACCACCACUCUAAAAUGACGUCGACGACAAUCGCCGGAAACCGGCGGCGAGAACAACCGUCGUCUCACCAGUACUACUACUCUAAUACGCCGUCGUAUUUCUCACCUUCAUCGUCAUCAUCACCUUCACUGAUUAAAGGUUGCUGUUGUUGUCUCUUUCUACUUUUCUCUCUCCUGGCACUCAUCACACUCGCCGUAAUCCUCGUCAUUGUACUCGCCGUUAAACCGAAGAAACCUCAGUACGACCUCCAGCAAGUUGCCGUACAAUAUGUCGGAAUCUCGCCGACAUCCGGCACGGCUCCCGGCGGCGUAUCGCUGUCAUUGUCGGUACGAUUCAUAUUCACGGCGGUGAAUCCGAACAAAGUAGGGAUAAAGUACGGUGAAUCGAGGUUUAAUGUGAUGUAUAGGGGGAUUCCGUUGGGGAGGGGGACGGUGCCGGGGUUUUAUCAGCCGGCGCACAGUGUGAGGACAGUGGAGACAAUCGUGUCCGUUGAUCGGGUGAAUUUGAUGCAAGCUGAUGCGUCGGAUUUGGUCAAGGAUGCGUCGAUGUAUGAUAAGGUUGAGCUUAGGGUUUUGGGAGAUGUUAGCGCCAAAAUAAGGAUAAUUAGCUUUGAUUCGCCUGGUGUUCAGGUUUCUGUUGAUUGUGAGAUUGUUAUUAGUCCUAAGAAACAGUCUUUGACUUAUAAACAAUGCGGAUUUGAUGGAUUGCGUGUUUGAUUCUCGAUUCCAUUUCUGAGGAAGAUGAUGAUGAUGGAGGAGGAUCAAGGUCUGAUAAAUGACACUUUUUUUUUCCUUUUUUUUUUUUAAUUUUUGGGAUUAAAUAAUUGAGUAUCUAUGAUUUAUUAUAUAGUGUAUUAAAUUUGUUUAUGAGGGUAGUAAUUAAGUAAUUAGUUGUAGUUAUUAUAAAUACUUGCUAUAUAUGUGGAGAAAAGUAGUGGUGAAUGGUGAUGUCAAUCUGCAAAUUUUGCUGACUUUUUUUAGUUGUUAGUUGCUAAAUUGUAAAUGGGCUUCACUUAAUUUGGGUUACCCUUGAGUUCUCUUGAUCAACUGUAAGAUGAUUACGAAAGAAAACAAGAAUUUUCAGCUUAAUUGGGUGUUUGUUGCAAAUUCAAUCAUUAUUUUCAGUGCAGUUUCAGCAUUCUAAUCUCUGUUUUCUGCAUUUAUGGUAUCGUGUUGUACGAGUUUGUGUCAAGGCUUGUUGGAGCCUUGGAGGGUUAUGCAACAUUAUAAGGAUAUGAUAUAUAGGUUCCAAUUUGCAUGUUUCUAUUGUUGAAUGUGCCAUUUAAGCAUCAUGCCAUUGUUCGGUUAUCUGAUAUCUGGCAUAAGCAGGAAAAGUGUGUGUAAUACUGGUUAGAGGAGAUUUCUAUUUCUAGAUUUAUAUCUAGCUUGUCCUGCUAUUGAUUGUUUUAGUUAAUUCAUGACAAUGUAGACAUUUUGAUGGUUUUAUUUUAAUAAUUGUUGGGGUGAUCAAUCAAGCAUGUCAUUUUCCUUUCAUGGAGAGUGGUUGCUGAAGUAUAUGGCAGCAAUUUUAUAGCCUUCUAGGCAUAUAUUGUAGAGGUUGAGAAGAUAAAGGCCCUUUUAUCAUGCAAAUAUAAGGGUUCCGCAAAUGUGGAGAAUAGGAAAGGAAUAUUAGCGAAUAAUCAGAUUGGAUUUUGGAAGUGGUGCUAAUUUGCAGGGUCAGAAGCAGAUUUCUCUAUACCUGACCGUGCUAGACAUGGUGGAGGCGUGGAGCGUGUCUCUUGUUCAUUUUUCUUUGCUUAUGGAGUCUUUCAAAACCAAUGCUGCAGUCAAUCUGGGUUCAUACUUGAUCCUAGUUUGCUUUUGUUCCACAUUGGGCUUGAAAGAGAAAAACACGGGCAAUAUUUAGUAGCUGCACAAAAAAUUUCUAGUUUUGAGGAAGAGGGCUGGCAUUUGAUAUAUUCAAAUAUGGAUUUUUUGAAAAUAUAUCAGAAAGGAAUGGCGGAGCUAUAUCUCCAGCUUAUGAUUUCAUCUCUUUUUCGAGAUAAACAAAAUUCUGGGAUAAAGAAAAGACUUCUGCUGAAUUCGCAUCUGUGCUGAAUAUCGUUCCCCUAUCACAUGCUUAAGGUGGCGCCCUGGCAGUCUUCCUUUCUAGUGACCUAUUUGAAAAGUUUAUUGAUCUCUUAUCUCCUCUUUGCUUUCUAGACUUUCAUUAGUGCUCUGAUAGCAUAUGCUGAAUGACAUUUUGAUUUAUUAUCAGCCGAGCAGUAUUUUUUUAAUUUAUUUAUUCUACUCUGCACAGGAGGUUUCCAAGAGGAAAGUUGUUUUAUUUAUUUUUGAUGUAUAGACCACAAAGAGCAAUUAAUGUAAAUGGAAUUUAAUCUGCAUAUGAGUGGAAAGUUAUGGCAUGUAUGAAUGGCAUGUAUGAAUGGCAUGUUAAUUAUGAGUUGAA